AUGGCACCAUCAACCAGCAGCACAAAACGGCUACAGGGUUUUGGGGAUGGAGGAGCAGUCCCUGAACUCCAUUAUUCACGGUAUCCUCUUGAUAUGGGCAGAAAAAUAGAUGGACGAAAUACUUUGCCUGUUACUGUGGAUGAAUACGGUGAAGUGAGGUACGAUGCAAUUGUGAGGCACGGUGAAAAAGCUAAGAAAAUUGUUUAUUGUCAGUACAAGAAUCUCGUCCCGAAGUUUGUGAAAGACAAUGACAAGGACCAUGACGAAGAUUGGGACGUGGAAGAGAAGCAGAAACUAAUCGAGGAGACUACUCGAAAGACCAAGGCUGCCCUUCAGAAGAUCAUAGAAGUUGAUAUACAAUCUCAAGAAUCCAAGUUCAUUAAGUACAAGCCUUGUCAGCAGUACAAUUCAGGCGUGAAGAAGAGGAUUAUUAGGAUGGUGGAGAAGGCAGUGGACCCUAUCGAGCCACCUAAGUUCAAGCACAAGAAGGUCCCUAGGGCUUCGGGUUCACCACCCGUACCCGUUUUACAUUCACCUCCUCGUCCUGUUACGUUGAAGGACCAACAGGAUUGGAAGAUUCCGCGUUGUAUAUCAAACUGGAAGAACCCUAAUGGCUACACAAUCCCACUUGAUAAGCGUCUUGCUGCUGAUGGAAGGGGACUUCAGGAGGUCCGGGUCAAUGAUAAUUUGGCAAAACUUUCAGAAGUUCUGUAUGUUGUAGACGAGAAAGCUAAAGUAGCGGUUGCAAUGCGGUCAAAGGUUCAGAAGGAGAUGAUGAUGAAAGAGAAGGAAAAGAAAGAGAUGGAACUUCUGGAGUUGGCCCGCAAGGCAAGAUCUGAGAGAGCUGCAGGUCCCAUGAAUGAGAGUCGAUUACAGAGAGAAAAGAUACGUGAGGAGCGACGUGGGAAGAGGAGAUUGGAAGCAGCAAAAGAUGCUGCAGCAAUGGGUGGUAAGAAGAGAAAGAUCACGAGAGAUGGAGACCGUGAUAUCAGCGAAAAGUUGGCUCUUGGGAUGGCUUCUACAUCAAGAGGAGGAGAGAUUAUGAUGUAUGACCAGAGAUUGUUCAACCAGGAGAAAGGGAUGGAUUCUGGAUUUGCCACUGAUGAUGCCUAUAAUAUCUAUGAUAAAGGUCUAUUUCCUGCUCAGCCAACUGUGUCUACUCUGUACAGACCAAAGAAAGAUGUUGAUUCUGAUAUGUAUGGAGGUGCUGAUGAGCAGCAACUGGAGAAGAUCAUCAAGACUGACGGUUUUAAGCCUGACAAGGCAUUUGUUGGAACAUCAACUGAGAGGGCUGGUCCAAGAGAUGAUCCAUUUGGUUUGGACAAGCUCUGGACAGAGGUUAAGAACAAUAUGGCAAAUGAUGGUAGUAGUGGCACCAUGUAGGCACAUAAAUCUCCCUAAGUGACCACCCUAUAGCCUAUGUGGCUCCUAUAGUCUCAAUCUUCAUGCAGUUGUAACAGAUCUCCAUUGUUGCAG